AUGAGGACGCUCGUCGCCCUUACUUUGUUGGGAUGUUUGUUUGUUAUUUGUUUGGGUCGAGAGAUCGGACAGAAAGAAAAUGAUUUAGAGACAGCAGCAAGCCAUCACAAAGGACAUCAUCACGAGGAAGGCGGUGGUAAAGAGCACCACGCUCACCAUCACCAUGAACACGGAGAAAAAGGACAUAAAGGCCAUAAAGGUCACCACCACCAUCAUAAGGGCGAACAUGGGGAUCAUCAUAAACAUCAUCAUUCUGGUCAUCAUCACGAACAUGGCGGUGGACACAAGAAGCAUUGGGAUGAAGAUGAUCAUCAUGGACACCAUCACGAACAUGGCCAUCACCAUAAAGGAGGCAAACACCACCAUAAGAAGCAUCACGAUAAAGGUGAAGAAACUGAGGGUUACCAUAAGAAAUACCAUAAGGACGAGUAUCAUAAAGACCAUCACUUUUACGAUGAUCAUCACAAGGAAGGCAAACAUCAUAAACAUGGCAAACAUCACGGACACCAUGAAGACCACGGUGGCCACCACAAGAAGGGGGGACAUCACGAUUCCGGACACCACGAACAUCACUAUGGCAAGAAGGGACACCAUGAUAAACAUCACUAUGAUGAAGACCACAAGGGACAUAAAGGUCACCACGGACAUGAAGAACAUCAUCACCAUCACCACGACCAUGGAAAGAAAGGCGCGGCUACGACAAUUGUAGCCAUGAGGGGAAUACUAAUUAUAGCUUUAAUAAUAUGCGCAUUUACUCUGACAUAUGCUCGUCAUGUGAAAACAGAGGAUGUGGCACCUGAAAAACAAUUAGAUCAGGCACCAGCAGGAACCGAACACAAAGAAGCUAAGAGUAAAGAUAGCCACAAAGAAGAAGGCGGUGGCCAUGAACACCACGCACAUCACCAUAAAGAAGACGGUGAGAAAGGAGACAAAGGUUAUAAAUCCCACCAUCAUCACGAUAAAGGUGAUCACGGCGAUCAUGAGAAACAUCAUCACGAAGGUCAUCAUGAAGAACAUGGGGGACACAAGAAAAAGCAUCACGAUGAAGAUGAUCACCACGGAGAACAUCAUGAGGCCGAACACGGACACAAGGGUGGAAAGUUUGGCCACAAGAAAGGUCAUAAGAAGGGUUCCAAAACAACUGGCUUCCACCACAAAUCCCAUAAAGACGAAUAUCAUAAGGAACAUAAGUUCUAUGAUGACUUCCACAAAGGUGGCAAUCACCAUAAGCACGGUGACUUCCAUGGCCAUCACGACAAGAAAGAGGGACAUCACAAAAAGGGGGGACAUCAUGAAAAAGGUCACCAUGAGAAACAUCAUGGUAAGCACGGCAAACACGACAAAGGGCACUAUGAUGAAGACCAUAAAGGUCAUAAGGGUCAUCAUGGACACGAAGAGCAUCACGCGCAUCAUCAUGACCACGGGAAAAAGGAAGGUCAUGAAGGUGGUAAAGAAUUUGGAUAUAAACAUGAGAAAAAAGCUUAA